AUGGCUGGGGAAAUAGCAUAUGCAGACCUAAACAUUCGGGAAAUGCCUUCCUGUUCAAGAAUUCCGAUGCCACGUCCUGGCAGGAACUCCAAUGACCAUAAGUAUACACAGGGCCUUCGCGUUGCUCUUGGAACUGCCUGCGCUGUGAUUCUCCUCCUCAUUCUGGCUGUACUAACGUUGAUAGUUUUGGUUUUGCAGCCUAAAGAAAGAGCAGAGGACACCACUACCAGCUCCAGCACCACUGACUCUGAAUUUAAGCUGCAGCUGAAACGCUAUAUGUGCAUCUCUCCAAGCCACAGCAGAACAGAGGAUGCCCCAAACUGCAAAGUAUGCCCCAAGGACUGGGAACUGCACAGGGACAUCUGCUACUGGAUCUCUCAAGCUAUAACAACCUGGGCUGAGAGCCAAGAGGACUGCAGAGGAAAGAACUCCACCCUGCUUGUGAUUCGGGACCAGCAGGAGAUGGCAAUCAUAAAGAAUUUGACAAAGAAAACCUCGUAUUGGUUGGGACUCAAAGCAGCCAAACUCUCUGAAGAGUGGACCUGGGAAUGGGUUGAUGGAUCCCCCUUCAAAGAAGAACUGUUUACAGUAUCGGACCCUGCUAAAGUAAACAGCUGUGGGUUGAUAAGGCGAAAUAGUGUUAAUUCUAACGCUUGUAGUACUUUAUCUAAUUGGAUGUGCAUGAAAGCAGCUUUCCAGAUAUAAGCACAAAAUGGAGCCAAGUGUUGGAAGUAAGAAACCAUCUCAUUCUGAACAAUGAGUUGGCCCCUGACUUCUUGUGCAGCUUGCAAGAUCGCCUGCAGCCCAGAAUAGUCUGCAGUUGCCAGGAUGCUCCUUAACCGACUUAUGGCAGGAAGCCAAAAGCCCUAGUAAUAACUUGUGUAUUAUGGGUAAGGUUUUAUGCCCCAAAUAGGCAACUGUCAUAAAAUUCAAACUUUUGCUAUAUUGGAACAAAGCCCGUCAGUUUGUCAGUUCCUUUGAGUUCCCUAUCAUUGCUUUCUAUUAAUGUAAUACUAUUAUAAUGGAAAUAAGUGAAGAAUCUGAAGUCAAAAGCAAAGGGAAGUUCACCAGAUAUUAGGUAAAGGUAAAGAUAAAGGACCCCGGGCGGUUAAGUCCUGUCAAAGGCGACUAUGGGUUUGCAGCGUUCAUCUCGCUUUCAGGCCGUGGGAGCCGGCGUUUGUCCACAGACAGUUUUCUGGGUCAUGUGGCCAACAUGACUAAACCAUUUCUGGAGCAACAGGGCACCGAGAUGGAAACCAGAGCGCACUGAAAUGCCAUUUACCUUCCUGUCGCAGCGGUACCUAUUUAUCUACUUGCACUGGCGUGCUUCGAACUGCUAGGUUGGCAGAAGCUGGGACUGAGCAACGGGAGCUCACCCCAUCGCGGGGAUUUGAACCGCCGACCUUCUGAUCGGCAAGUCCAAGGGGCUCAGUGGUUUAGACCACAGUGCCACCCACUCCUUACCACCCUUAUCAGAUUUUACUCUAUGCCAGGACUGCAUAUUUUCUCCCAAAGCAAGUAUCUUUAUUUUACACUCCCCCCCGCCCCCGGUUUCAGAUAAUAUGUGUAAUGUCACUCCUU